UUUUUUAUAUAUUUAUUUUUUUUUUCUCUUUCUUUUCCUUUAUUUUCACUCCCCUCUCUUUUCACAACCCAUUACAAUGCUUGCCACAGCUGCUUUCAAACAGACUGGCCGACGUUCUUGGAUUCAAGUGCGCGCCAUGCACGAUCUUACUUUACGACAAAGAACCGGUCAACCCAUGAUUCGACAAGGUCUUGGUGGUCGCUCUACUACCAAUGGUCAUAUUGCUACUGUGUUCGGUUGUACUGGUUUCCUUGGUCGCUAUGUUGUGAAUAAACUUGCUCAACUCGGUACUCAAGUAGUUGUUGCCAAUCGUGACCCUGAUGAAGCUCGCCCUCUUAAGGUGACCGGUGACUUGGGUCAAAUCAUUCCUCUGGAAUUCGACUUGAAAAAUAAGGAUCAACUCCGUGAAUGUGUUCGUCACUCUGAUAUUGUCAUCAAUCUUAUCGGUCGUGAUUAUGAAACCAAGAACUUCACUUUUGAUGAUGUUCAUGUUGAAGGUACUCGUGCUAUUGCUGAAGCUGCCCUUGAAACUGGUGUUGCCCGCUUUAUCCAGGUAUCAGCUUUGAAUGCUUCUGAAGAUUCUCCUUCAAGAUUCUUACAAACUAAGGCUAAAGGUGAAAAGGUACUUGGUGAAAUCUUCCCUGAAGCUACCAUUGUUCGUCCUUCUAUCAUGUGGGGUCACGAAGAUCGAUUCUUGAACAGAAUUGGUGCUGCUGAUGGCUGGCAAUUCUGGGUAAAUGAAAGUCAAACCAAGAUUCGACCUGUUUCUGCUGUGGAUGUUGCUAAGGCUAUCGAAGUGAUCUUCGGUGCUGAAUCCACCAUGGGCAAGACUUAUGAACUUUAUGGUGAUCGUGAAUAUACUUUUGAACAAGUGUAUGAAUUGGCCCGUGAAAUCUCUUUGAAACCUCUCCCUACAUUCAACAUUCCUACUCCCAUUGCCAAGUUGGUUGCCAAGGGAUGUGACAUGUUACCUUACAAUCAAAUGAUCAGUCCUGAUUUGAUCCAAAGAAUGACUAUGGAUGAUAAACCUACACCUGGUGCCUACACCUUCAAGGAUUUGUAUAUUGAACCUAAGAGUUUGGAAGCUGAUGCCAUUCACUUUAUGCGACGAUUCCGUAGCAACGCUGUAUUUGAUUUGCCUUACGAAAAGGGUGAAGGACAAGUAAAGAAGGGUGUUUACCAUAUCAUUGAUUAGAAUUCGUUAUAGUAUUUGUUAGUUAGUUACUUUUUUUCUUUUUUUUUUUUUUUGUCCUUUUUCUUUUACAUAUCUACCCAUUUUUUUAUUAUUAUUAUUAUUAUCUCAUUUUACUCGUACACAUCGACCCUUUGUUACUUUUAUAUAUACAUAUAUACACACACACACCCAAAAGAAUAAACAGAAAGAAUGGUUUUACAAAGGACCAAGUGCUUUUUUGAUUCAUUAAAGUUUUUCAAAACCCCAUGAUGUACAUACAAUGACGCAUCAUCCGUAAAUGGUAGUCAAUAUCGGAGCGUGCGGAAACAACAAAUCAUCAUCAGUCAGAGAGAGGAUUUUCACACACAGGAAAAUAGAUACACAUCCAUAGAUAGAAAAAAAAAAAGAUGUAAAUACUUCAAUACAAUGAUACAUAAAAUAAAUUCAUGAUUGUUUUUUUAUUAUUAUCAUUUGUUUUGAUGUUUGAAAUAGGUGAAGGUAUGU